AUGCGACAGUCAAAGUCCCAUAACUUACGGAACAGGCCACAGCUGCGAAACACCUCAAAAACACGAAAACGACACGUGCGAAAGAGGUCAAAAACUGACGAGUUGUCGGAUCACGUAGUUAUAGAUGAUAUUUUUUCGCCUUUACAUAACGCCACCCGACUUAGCGACGAUAACGACUCCUCCGAUGAUUCCGAAUUGUCGUCCUGGGGUUCCUCGAGUGCACAAAAGAGGCGGAAGCCGCGCCAGUCCGUCUCUGCAGAGAUUCAGCAAGAGGCGACUGUGGAAGAAGUGCAAGCCAAUAAUCAGAAUGAAUCUUCGUCGCUGUCUUCUAACACUUUAACAAAAGAACAAAACGGGGAUAGCUGGCGUCGAAGUACGCGUCUUUUGCACAGGGCUGAGGAUACAUCUCCUGAAAAACAAACAGAUUCUAAAAACAUAGUCAACGAAGCAAAUUACACACGAAUGACAGAUGAACAAAAGGCACGUCUACACAGACUUAUCCCGAGUAUCGAUCUGGUGCCUGUUGGUACAUCUUCACAAGGCACUCUUGAUCUCGGUGCGACUGUUAUGGAACUUGAGAAAUCAUGCAAAGAUUAUGACAACAGCGUACAGACAAAAGUCGAGCAUAUGGGAACCAGCGACUCGAACGAUCAGAAACCUGCACCUAGCGUAAUGGAGGAGGCGAAACCUAUAAAUAUCAAUGAAAAUGAUGCGAGCACAACCCCCCCACAUCAGCCUACAAUCAAACAUGUCCUAAGACCCUAUUUUUUCCACGAUGUUAUAUACAAAGAGUGCGUUACUGAGUUUCAGGAGCAGCUGUACAAUGGAGAAUGUACAGAAGAAUAUAAAGCAACAGUUCGUAAGGCAAGGGAGGAUUAUCUGAAUUCGGACGUGGUUGAGCCGUGGAAGGAUUUGGAAUUUGAAAAACAGUGGGGCGACCUCAGUUUUGAUCCUCGGACUCAAAUUGCUGGAGAUUCUGCUUCUAUUGCCUUAACUGACAUGGCUCUUGCAAAAUUAAUUCGUGAGAAUGACAUACUUUUCUAUGAACGAUGUUUUAACAAAGUUGAUGUAAAAGUCGUAUCACGAGUCCGAGUAAUCUCUAUAAAUAAGAGGAGUGGAGCACUUACGGUUGUUGACGAAAAGGAUCCGGCCUUAGUCUUCGAUGAUAUAGUUAAACCAACCGCACUUGAGACGCAAAUAAUAGACGAAGAUGGACGGGUCCCGAAGGAUAGACGACCGAACGGAAAUGCAUUUCGAUCGAUAAAACUAAUACGGAAUGGCAAAAAUCUUGGGUCGCUUUUUCAUAUAAGAAAGGAAUACUUUUAUAAGGCGAUUGGUGGACAAAAAGAUUAG